AGCGUUGUGUGCGCAGCGUGUGGCUGCUGCUGCUGCUGCUGCUGAUGGUGGUGAUGAUGAGAGAAGCGGCAGGUCACCUAUAGCUAAACAAAUCUUUACAGCAGAGAUCCGGCGGCUCGGAUGCGACUUUAAAGCGUGUAAAGAACAAUAAACACCGACCUCAGCUGCCAGUUUUGAAUGUGGUAGAUUGUCCUGCAUUUUCUUUGCCUGCGUUGCUCUUUUCUGGUGAAAGAACUGGGAAAACAAAAGGUGUAACUUGAAAAGUGCUCAGGCGGGCACGUGAUAGAAGUCCGGAUUGAUUUGGCACAAGUAAAGAUGUCCAAAUGGGUCUCGUCGCAAUGGGAUUUGAGUUGAAGAACACGUAACCACUCAGAAGUCACCCCGAUUCAACCCGUUGUUAAGGUAACUGGGAACUUGAAAAGGUGUCCUUUUUUUUCUUUUUUCUUUCUUUUUUUUGACCGCUGGGAUGUUGUGAGCGACGCGUCGCCUGGGAUAGAAGGAGCGGGGACGCAGAAGGAAAAGGGGCACCAGAACUGGACGAGCACCGGAGGGAUUAUGGCUCUCGCAACGUUUUCACUCAGCCUCAUCACGCUGGCGCUUACAAACUUGCACCUUACAAGAGCCAGCAAUCGGCAUGCGGUGUACUGGAACAGCUCAAACCUGCUGCUUCGAAGGGAAGGAUACACGGUGCAAGUCAGUGUCAACGACUACCUGGACAUCUACUGCCCGCACUACAACUCCAGUCUGCGGGGGACGCUAGAGCAUGUCAUAGCCGAGCAGUAUAUUCUCUACAUGGUCAACUACCGUGGCUACCGCACCUGCGACCCCCAGAUGGGCUUCAAGCGCUGGGAGUGCAACCGGCCCCACGCACCCCACGCACCCAUCAAGUUCUCUGAGAAGUUCCAGCGUUAUAGCGCCUUCUCCCUGGGUUACGAGUUCAAUGUGGGCCAGGAGUACUACUACAUCUCCACACCCACGCACCACCACCACGGCCACAGCUGCCUGAGACUGAGAGUAUUCGUCUGCUGCUCCACUGUCUCCCAGGCAGACGAUGACUCCAGUCAGACUUCUCCCGAGUACACAGUCAGGCCAAACAUCAAAGUACACAACAUUGAUGAAUACAACCCUGAAGUCCCCAAGCUGGAGAAAAGCGUUAGUGGCAGCAGCCCUUCACGUGACCGCCUUCUUCUCACCGUGGGGAUGCUGCUCGUGUCUGCCGUCCUUUUGUCCUAGCAACAGUCACUGACCGGCACUUCGUGCAUAGCUGGACCCGCCUUGUGCAAAGGGCUUUGUAUCCACCAAGUUUGUGAUUACGUAAAAUCUGACAGAAACGCAGACGAGAGUCGAGCAGCGGUGCAACAGAACCACAAUCAAAAGGACACAGACAAAAAAAAAACAAUAAAAAAAAAAAAAAAAACAAACAAAAAAAACUUUAACUUAGCUUAAUGGACUUUAAAAAAAAGAGAGAGGCCUUUUUGCUGUCAUAUUUACACCAGUGUAUUUUGACACUCCAUGUGCUCCAUAGUGUAGGGGUUUACACAUUCACCUAACAAGAGAAAGAUUCCCAUUUCCCAGGAGGAGACACAUCCGUUGGGGGUUGUGUCAGGAGGGUCAUCCGGUGUGAAAAUCUGCCAAAUCAAAUAUGCGGAGCUACUGGCUGUGGCCUUAUCCCUUGUGAAUAAGGGAGCGGUCGAAAGUAGCUUCUUAUGUGUUGCUGGAUAUCAUUAUCACAUCAAUACCACAUUUCGUGCAGGUGUUGAGACCGAAACAAUACUCAGAAUCAGACUUUCUGUGCUGCUCUGAUGCCUGAGGAGAAUAAGAGAACUGACUUGUAAUAUGUUGGGUGCAGACUACACGCUCUUACUGUAGCAUGGAUAUCAAAUAACCUGAGGAAUUUAAGCUGCUUUGUCUUCAAGGAUAUUGCAACUUUGAGCUUUGAAGAAGAUGGGGAAACCUGGACCACAGACCUAGUGUGAUGAUGCAUUAAACCAAACUUUGAUGUAGUAAUGAGCAAGAUGGACUCUGGAUCUCUACUGAUCUUACCUGGGAUAUAAUCAGUCAUGAUGAGAACUCCCGCUGUUGCGCUGGAUAUUGAAGAAUGUUUUCACACUAAUGUGAGGAAGCUGGUGGUAAUAACAGUCCAAGAAAGGGGGAAAGACUCUGUGAGGAUUACCACAGGCCUUUCAAAAAUCCAUUUUCACCAGACAUCAAAAAAUACCCCUAGCUUUGUGAUAGGUACAGAUGCAAAGCCUGCAUUUCUUAGAAGGUAGCAAGUGCCCUCUUAGAACUAGUCUUUUGUCUGCAUCUCCUGCCUUCACACUGUAACAACCCUAGAAAAGUACAGACCCAGGACUAGUAAUUUGACGGCACUUAGAUGUGGUAGACGUGGUAGAUGUGUGUUUUGUUCUGACGCAUUUACCUUCAGCACUUGGCGUAGAUUUUCCGGAUGUCAAACCUUUUGCUGCAAUCAGCACAGUGAUUCAGAACGUCACAAAUUUACAAUUCUUAAAAAAAAAAAAAAAUGAAAGAAAGAAAAUCUCACAGCAGCAAGUCCCCUUUUUAAUCCCAGUCAACCCUGUCUGUUCCUUUUCCACAGCCAAUCAGUGCUGAUGGCCAUUAACAGCAGUCACAGUCACCUUGGAAACAACCCCAUACAGUCGCCAAAGUGCGGCUGGUGCCUGAGGAGAAAUUGUGCUUUGAGUCUCAAAGUAACGCUGCCGCCAUUUUGUUAAAAAAUAAAUAAAUAAAUGAAUUAAAAAAAACAAAACACUUGUGAAUGUGCAAAUAAAGAGAAGUUCACUUUUUUAUAUUGUAAUACAGGACAACGUAGGCUUAAUCAGAUUACAACGUGUGCUUUUUUUAAUUUAUUUGAUCUUAAAAUGUAUUUAUUUUAACAUUAAAGUAUUUAUUUACCUAAUUUAUUAGUGUGCAUUUGUAGGCCUCUGCUCAAUAAGCUACUGUGCCAUUUUUUGAUUCUUAUUCUUUAUGUUUUUAUUACAGUGAAUUUUUUACUGCAGCGUUUUGCUUGUGUAGAUAAAUAGAUGUAACUCAGCCUGACACAAAGAGAAGGUUAUUGUUCAUGACUAAUCAGUAGGGACAUACACGCAGUAACCCCACUCUCAUGUAACAGAUACUGCUUACCAGAUUAUGUUGCUGAAGAGCAUGUCAUAAACCAACUGUGAAUGCAUAGGCAGACUACGUGGAUCGAGGGGCAGCAUUUCUCAAGUGUUGCACUUGAGAAAUGAGGGAAGUCUGCAUUGUAAUGUAUAUUUAUAAUACAUGCCGGUUGUGGAAUGUGUGUGUGCGUGUGUACAGGUGCGCGAGAGGUGGCGUGCAUGCGUGCGUAAGAGCGAGCGAGAGAAAGAAAAAAAAAAAAAAAACGUGUGUGUGUGUGCACAUUUGUGCGUAUGUAUGUAGAAUGUGUUCGUCCGCGCUUUUCAAGUAUGUGGCAUUUAGGAAUUUCGUACUCAUUAAGGAGUCAUUUGUAGGAUCUGAAUAUGCAAGUGCGUAUGAGAGAAUGUGCUCUUCUGUAAUGUUAGUUUAUGUUACGGGGUGAAAGCGGGGAAACGGGCGAAAAGCAUUUACUGAUGUUGAAGACAACCACAAGAAACGUGUUUACGUUUGAUGAGAAUGAUUAAACAACUGUAAAUUGAACCAAGAAUGAUUAAAACA